GUAAGUUUUGUGCGCGCUCCAAGGCGCGGCGAGGCAGCGGGACACAAGCCGUCGCUACGAGGCGCUGGUGGUGCCGGCGGCCGCCAGGCUCCGCCUCGCGGGGGCUCCGCUCGCCCCCGGCCAUGGAGAGCGGCGGCGGCGGGAGGGGCCCGGCGGGGCAGGAGGAGCCGGAGCCUCUGCGCCAGCCGCCGCUGCCGUCGGCCGGGGAAGCCGGGGAGGAAGAGGAGGACGACGAAGAGGCGGCGGCGCUGCUGCUGCGGCCCCCCCGCGAGGCCCAGGCGGACUGGAGCUUCAUUGACGGCGAGAUGGAGGAGGUGGCGCUGCAGGACCUGCCCACCGCCACCAUCGCCUGCAACCUGGACCCGCGCGUCUUCCAGGAUGGCCCGUGCCGGGCCAAAUUUGAAUCACUGUUUAGAACAUUCGACAGAGAUAUCACCUUUCAGUAUUUUAAGAGCUUCAAGAGAGUACGAAUAAAUUUCAGUAACCCUUUAUCUGCAGCAGAUGCUAGAAUCCAGUUGCACAAGACAGAGUUCCUUGGAAAGGAAAUAAAACUGUAUUUUGCUCAGACUUUGCACAUUGGAAGCUCACAUUUGGCGCCACCGAAUCCUGACAAACAGUUUUUGAUUUCACCUCCUGCCUCUCCACCUGUUGGCUGGAAGCAAGUGGAAGAUGCUACUCCAGUCAUUAACUAUGACCUUUUAUAUGCUAUCUCCAAGUUAGGGCCAGGAGAAAAGUAUGAGCUACAUGCUGCAACUGACACUACUCCUAGUGUUGUCGUCCACGUAUGUGAGAGUGACCAGGAAAACGAUGUGGAAGAAGAAACAAAGAAACCCAAACCAAAAAUUAUUCAGACGAGAAGGCCAGAUUAUACUCCUACCCAUUUCAGUUGAACUGCUGUUGUUUUUCCAAGGUUGCAAGUAGACAUAUGCAAGGGGAAAAUUUACUGUGGAAACAGCAGGUCACAGGUUUGGUGGCAACAGCAGCAGUUAUAAUAGGAGAAAUUCCAGUAUAAGUUUGCUCAGAAAAAAUAUAGGAAGUUUCAUCCUUACUCUUGAUGCUGCAAGUUGAUGGAUGCCAUGAGGGUAUUCCCAGAUUGCUGGGAUCAAAAGAUAGGCAGAAGAAGACAUUUUGAGAUAUAAGAGGACAAACUAAGUUUAUUUUUUUUGGGGGGGGGUGCUAUAGGCUGUUCCAUUGUAAAGCAGCUGGGGGAAGCUUUCUUUGUUCUGACUCACAAAAAUCCUCAAACUAAUAGGCUAGUCAUUGUGUGGAGUACAUAGCGAUAACAGAGCUGGUUUUAAAGGUUAAAAUAUGGGAACUCUAAACCUUUUUCUUAAAAUAGAUUUUGUGCAUGUGUAUUCUUGGUCUUCUAAAGUAACUUUGCAUUAUUUUCUAUAGUUUCUCACAUGUUUCUGGAAAUCUGGGGAAUUGUUUAAAGUAUUUAUUAUCUCGGCAUCCUGGACUUACUACUAGAUGUGUAUAUACAUAUAUAUUUAUAAUUGUUUUUAUUGGCACUCAUUUUCCAGCAGGCAUAAGAUUUCUUCAGCACCUUAUUUUGGUGCUAUGCAACUUGUGCUUUUAAAAUUUUAACCUUUUAAAUGCCUAUGUAGGGUUUUAUCUGGCAAAGUAAUGGAAAAAGUGCAAUAGGAAAGUUGUUUAAACAAGUUAAUUUUAAAUUAUUUAAGUUCAAAUAAUUUAUAUCUUCAGUAACGUCUGUUUGGUAGCUUUAACUCCUCAUUUGGAAAAAAAAGUACUUUUAAAUGUAUAAAUAAAGCUAAUGUUGCAUAUUCA